UACAUCCGACAAGUACUGGCUCAAACUAAGAUAACCAUUUUUCGACAUCCGAAAGCCACGAAAAGUCGACAACAACGUUCACUUUCAUAGUUUCAGACUAAAAUCUUCCGAUUAUUGCUUCUCAUUUCUGUGCCGAUGGUCGACAAAAACGGCUGGGUUAUUUUUUUUGCUGGAUCUAUCUUCUCUCGGGGAUGUGGCUGUGAUGCGGCCUUUCUCUCUCUAUUUCUCCGCCAUCUUGAAUUUUAAUGUUUCUUUAAAAAAAAAAAAAAUGUGUUUCCUGUGAUAUUUUUUCGUUUAGGUUUGUCGUGCCAAAUUUGGAUUAGUUUGAAGGAGUUUUUAUUUCGUGAUUGUUUUUCAACAAAAUCACCGUUGUUUCAAACUCUAGACCCCAGUCUUCCCCACUCAAGAGUGUUUGUUCAUCUCGGAGACUAAAUGCAACUGGAUCAGGGGGCUUGUGGGCAUGAAGUGGCUGGGCGAAUCCAAGAACAUGGUAUUAAAUGGCAGACGACACGGAAACAAGUUGACCAGCGAGCAACAUGUGAGCCAGACUCGCUCUCAGCACUCACAGCGGGCAUCCCUGCGCCACUGCAAAAACAGAAGUCGAAGAUGUAGCCGCAGGUUUAGUGCAGCCAGUCUGGAGGCAGAGAAGCGCUAUGUGCCCACUUCAGGAAUGACUGCCAAGGAGUUGUGUGAGCAUGAUGACCUGACCACGGGCCUCAUCCUGGAUCAAUAUCUGGGUUUUCAAACUCACAAAAUGAACACCAGAUUUCGACCGAUUAAGGGACGACAAGAAGAGCUGAAGGAGAUCAUCGAGCGCUUCAAGAAACACGACAACUUGGAGAAAGCUUUCAGAGCUUUGACGACCGGAGACUGGUCCCGAAAUCUUUUUCUCCACAAGACGAAAGCUCAAGAAAAGCUCUUCAAGCAACACGUAUUUGUGUAUCUGCGGAUGUUUGCCACAGACAGCGGGUUUGAGAUUCUCCCUUGUAAUCGAUAUUCAUCAGAGCAAAAUGGAGCUAAAAUUGUGGCAACAAAGGAAUGGAAAAGAAAUGACAAGAUCGAGUACCUGGUGGGAUGCAUUGCUGAGCUUUCAGAGAGUGAAGAAAAUAUGCUGCUCCGGCACGGGGAGAAUGACUUCAGCGUCAUGUACUCAACCCGCAAGAACUGUGCGCAGCUCUGGCUGGGACCAGCUGCGUUCAUCAAUCACGAUUGUCGACCAAACUGCAAGUUUGUGUCGACGGGACGGGACACGGCCUGUGUGAAGGUUUUGAGGGACAUUGAACCAGGAGAAGAAAUCUCAUGUUAUUACGGAGACGGGUUUUUUGGGGAAAACAAUGAAUUUUGUGAAUGCUAUACAUGUGAACGACGGGGCACUGGUGCUUUCAAAUCCAAAGCUGGGCUGCCAGUGGAAGUGCCGGUGAUCAACAGCAAGUACGGGUUGCGGGAGACGGACAAGCGUCUCAACAGGCUGAAGAAGCUGGGGGAAGGAAACAGGAGCUCAGAUAGUCACUCUGUAGGCUCCCAUACCGACGUCGACUCUCAGGAAAUGCCAAAAACACAUCAAUCUGCCAGAAAAAGAACAUCUUCUUCUGGCCUGAAGUAUAAAAACAGGACUCAAUCCAGACAGACUUUGUCACGAGCCCUUACUACCUCAUGUUCAAAACAAGGUCGUGUAAACAAUAACAGGGUACCAAAGAGACUAAAAUCCCAAUCCAAGCCUUCACUAAGUAAAGUCCAGUUGCGGAGUCGCAGGAGGGGUGCAGAGCCCAAGGCGUUGGCCAAAGGAGAGACUUGCCAGCUGGGUCUCAGGGACUCAAAGGUGUCGUCGCUGUGUAAAGGUGUCACCGUGAAGAAGGAGAAGGAUGGACAGGAGCUGAUGCAGCAGACGUUAGGCCAGCGGGGCUGCCUCACCCGUCACGCUGCCAAGGAAAACAGCAAUCUACCGCACGUGCAAGGCAGUGAGGGCAGCCAGUGUUCGACGUACAGGACUCGCAGGUCCACACGGACCCUCAUAAAGGCCCAGGAAACUGCAGCAGGCGUUAAGCUGGAGCCCAGCGCCAUGGACGGCUUGAGCCCAGUCCCUGGUGGAGUGGUCAUUAAAACAGAGCCGGCUGACAUGGAGGAGUACCUCCACCACGGAGUCGGUCUAGAGCAGCCAGCGUUGGACGCCGGCUACGCUAGAAGAGGCUCGUGCUCGAGGCAGAAACGGCCGUCUCGGCUCCGGACCGAGCGGACGAUUAAAUGCGAGGACUCGUACGGCGAGCCGUUUAUGCCGGUGGCUGCUGGCCACGCUGCUAACUUCUCAGACUGCGGUAACGUGCUGCUGAGCUUCGCCGACCGGCACAGGGAUUACAACGGGGUUUCCAACGGCAGCAAAUCCCUCCGCAGGGACAAGGGUAAGAGCAGCUGCCGGUCACAGGACAAGGGGAAGAAGAAGCGUCAGAUCACACGAUACGACGCCCAGCUGAUCCUGGAGAACAACACGGGCAUCCCCAAACUGACACUCCGCCGGCGGAGGGACAGCAGCAGUAGCAAGACCAACGACGCCAACGACCCCAUUGGCUCCUCCAACCUUUCUGCCUCCACGGUCAACUCGGCCUCUUCCAGCAAAAUCAGCAUCAAGUUCAGCAAGGACCACGACAAGGACAAAGGCGGCUCGUACAUCGCCAAACUGAAUAACGGCUUUUCCCCCGUGGUCCACAGUAACUCCACCAAGCUGAAGAUCCAGCUGAAGAGGGACGACGACGCACGCAGGAUAUCCCAGUCUAAGGACCAGAUGUCCUAUAAUGGGGACAUGGGCCAGAGUCUGGAGGCCAGGAAUGGUGGACAUCGGACCCAAAAGGUCCUGGCAGAGCCGUCGUCGGACGAGGACGACGAGGAAGAGGAUGAAGACGACGAUGACGAGGACGACGACGAUGACUACUUCGACAAUGAGUUCGAAGACGAUUUCAUUCCACUUCCUCCAGCAAAGCGCCUCCGACUCAUCGUGGGUAAAGACUCCAUAGACAUCGAUAUCUCCUCCAGGAGGAGAGAGGAUCAGUCUCUGAGGCUCAAUGCAUAAGCUGUGGAGCUCAUCACUCCCCCCCACCCCACCUGUAAAUAAAGAUGACUCGCUAAUCAACUGUUGUGUUGAUGUAAAAGAAGUACAGUAAUUUAAAAACAAAAAAAAUGCUGAAAAAUUCUGAAUGAAGGUGCUGUUGACCUAAAACAAAUCUCUGUUCUUCACUUAUGUUCAACAUCGAGGUCUUAUAAAAACAAAAGCUUACUUUUACCCAUUUAAUCUGCACACUAUUCUAAAUUUAAACUGCAGUAAGUUGCCCUCUUUAUAGUUUCUGAAUAAUGUGACCGUAAGUGAAGGACGAGUAUUUGUUUUUAGUUCAACUCUUCCUUUAAGUGAAUGCACUUGUUAUAUUCAUAAUGGACAUGGAUAUUGUAGAAAGUGUACAGUAUGGUGACUAUCCCCUCUGUCUCAUAGGCAGGUUUUUAAUGAACUUUUGAUUUCUGUCUCUAGUUUGUACCUUUUUUUUGUUUUUUUUGCGUGGCGACCCACGCAGAGCGUACGGUGCGGUGUGGUUGGUCCAGAGGCAUUACAACAUCAGUCGGUUCAUUUGGAUCCAGCUGCCAUGUCGUCAUUAUCUCAGUAGUUCUCCUGCUAAAAGAACCACUUUGAAUUUCACUAAUUCAUUAACUAUCAACAUUAUUUACUGUGUAAGUUUAAUCACCCUGUUGAGUCCCGUCAGGCAACCGUAAUCCUUGAAGCAAAUCAUAUUAUUCACCUUAGAAAGACAGUUUUAUAUAUAUUUGUGUGUGUAUAUAUGUUAUGUGUUUAUCACGCACCAAAUGUUAAUGUCCUGUAGACCACUGACACAAUGUCGACACCCUGAAACGUUUGCAUUAAUACGCAUGUGGAGCUACAGCGUUUGCUUUCUGCCUGCGGUCGUUACACGUUCAUGACAUGAAUGAUGCAACGGAGUCGAACAACUUUAGUUUUUUUUUUUUCCCAGAACGCUGUAAAUAGAUUAUGUUAAUUAAGCUGCAGAGUUCCUAGAAAUAAAAGCACACACGGUGUAUUACUGUGUAAUGGAGACAUGGCACGCGUUAGUAGUUCAAAAGGUGAAUCAAACCAAAUCCAAACAUAAAGGCUACCUAAUUGCUUUUUAAACCUUUAAUCAAGAAAAGUAAUGUACAGAAAGACCGGCUCACGUCCCUUAACUGAUCAUCUGUUUCCUCACUUUUUAUUUACCUGAUCACAUUCUUUUGGGAAGUUAAGAUGUCCAACUGACACUAGAGUUUAAGGAGGAAAAAUCACAUGUGAACUGUUCUUAACUAGCGUAGAGUCAUGUAUUAUUUUCCUCUAUGGUGCUACUUUUAUUUCCUCACCGUUUCUGUCCUGUGUGACUCUUCACUGGUAGAUGGUGGCUGCAUUAACGUCAAAUUCUCUAGAAAUACACGUCUUUAUCAGUUGUGUUUGUAGCCUAUUUAAGUUGUUUUUGUUUUUAUUUACAGCUGCUUUUAUUUCAUUUUUUUUAAUUUGCAAAAGCAUGUAGAAACCCGUCUAUCCAACAGCAUUAGGUGCCUUAACGAAGAGCUUUUUGACACAUUUAGACCAAAUUUGUAACUAAUCAAUGAGUGACAAUGCUAAGCCAUCUGCUUCCCCUUUGAACUGUUGAAACACUUCAACACAAGUCCGCCGGCAGUCCUUCUGUAUAUUAUUUUAUUAUAAAUGAACUGUCCAACAGAUCAAGGGAUCAACUGAGAUUGAAUGUUAACCCACUUCUCCUUGUGUUAAUGUGUACUGUUCAUAUCACCAGCAGCUCAUCACCGUUCUGAUCCUGGCUCAGUCUGUCCUUCCCCUCUGUUGGACGUCUUCAUCCUACACUGUAAACUGUUCCAGGUGUUCGUCUGUGUGCUCUUUGUCCGAUAGACAGCUGUCAACAUUUACAAUUGAUCCAAAAAGUUUUUUAAAAAAAAACUUCAAAAAAAAGCAAAACAAAUGUGAAUAGUUUGCGGAUAUUUUAGCGAGUUUGCGUCGGUAGUGGGAAACGUAAAGAGAAUUAAAAAUGGACAGUGCAUAUAUUGUCCGAUAUGUAAAUCAUGUGAACACAUCUUGUACUUAUUUAACAGUUUUGAAUACUUGAAAACUAUAUAAAGUUUCUUUGUGACUCUU